AUGCCUUUUUCCGAGUAUGCGUUUUCCGAUGGAUGUUUUCCGACAUCUCCUCUCGCUCCCAUCCAGGCAUGGAACUGCAACAAAUACGAAGGAUGCAUACCGAUCACGGAUGCCGAUGGUAACAAUGGCUGGGGCGAGGCUUCUCUCGAAGGUCAUACCGAAGCCGUUGAGGGCUGCCUCGAUGCCUUCACGGCACGUUUCCAGGGCAUAGACGCCAAUGCAAUCGAGCAUAUUUGGCAGAAUGGCUAUCGCAUGGGAUUUUACCGCGGAGGACCAGUGCUGAUGAGCGCCUUGGCCAGGAUCGAUAUUGCUCUCUGGGAUCUCAAUGGUGAGGAGCCUUCACCUGUUCCCCAGCCCUGCGCAAAGCUCAGACUGAAUGUGCAUCCUCUCCUAGCCCGACGACUGGGGUUGCCUAUCUACGAACUCUUUGGCGGCAAAGUCCGCGAUCAAUUGCGAGUAUACGCGUUGAUUGGGGGUGGCCGACCCGGGGAUGUGGAAGCACAAGCGCGCGCCCGGAUUACGCAAGAGCGCUUGAAGACGGUCAAGUCGCCGGGUCUGGAUGCUGAGGUGGACUUCCAUGACCGCGUGCACAAAGCGAUAGCUCUGCAGCUGGCCCACAAGCUCGCCCGUUCGAUCGCAGUCCUGUCAAAGCUUGUGCCAAUCCCCAUUGCCCUGGGAGAGCGCUUGCACAGUCGCUGGGACAUCAAACCAUUCCUGGAAUCCGCAUCAGUAAGCAUCCUCCAGCCGGAUAUCUGCCAUGUAGGCGGCAUUUCGGAGCUGCGCCGCAUGGCAACCAUGGCUGAGACCUACGACGUUGCCUUGGCCCCUCAGUGUCCCCUUGGGCCGAUCGCGCUGGCGGCCAAUUUACAGGUUGAUGCCGUUUUGGCCAAUUUUAUCGGGACGUAUGUCAAAAACGCCGAGGUCUGGACUGGCAAAGGCGGCUUAAUUCGGCUGAUGGACGGUCCGGAAUUGGGAAUUGAACUCGAUGAAAUGAAGAUCCGGGCUGCAGCUGUCGAUGCAGUUGCGUGGCGUAGUCCCAGCUUCCAGGGUCUGGGUAGAGAGUGGUGA